AUUCGUGCAGCAGGUACAGUUUCAUCUACUGGAAGCAUGUUAAUAAGAGUCCAGUGGGGGAAAAACUCACAGUGAGUUUACUAGUUGUUCACUUCCCUGUUGUGAAAUGUUCAUUAUUUAGUCUCUAUUCUCUGCAACUGAGGAGGGUAAUGUGACAGUUUCACACUGCACAAGGAGCACUUGCUAAUUGAGAGAACAAUCACACCGCAGAAAUGUUAUGUAAUGGCAGCACCGAGCUUCAUUAACUGGAAUUUACAGUGUACAGCCAUGUCUACUCAACACAGGCUAUGGUGCUGAAGAUGUUCAGAGAUCAUCUGGCUGUAGAAUUAUGUUUGUACACCACUUUAAUUAGCAUAAUUUCUGGCUGCACAGUGGCAGAGGACAUUGGUGCCCACCAGUUGGAGCGUUUAGUGGAUUUGUUGACGUCUAAGGAGUGCGAAGACCUUCUUUUCACCCUCUCCCACCCAGAGGAGAACAUCUUUCAGCACCUUGAGCGCAUGUCACCAGAAAACAAUCAACUGGACCUCAAGCCUCUGGCAAAAAGAGCCCUUUUAUCUGAUACAGAUAGUGAGGCUCAGUGCAGGAUGGCACUGACAGACUGGUUGUUGAAGCACGGAGAGCAGACCUACUACGACAGGCUUUCCCGAGCCUUGCAGCACAUCGGGAGAACAGACGUUGCCAUUGAAGUCGGGAAGAACAUCAACCAGGACAAAUCCCUGAGUCUAAGACGUUAUGUGGAGGACUAUCAUAAAUUAGUCAACUCUUUAAACUUUCCACAAGUCCAGUCAGACCCAGGGGACCACUCACAUGCAGAGUCAAAGACCACAAAAAGAAAAGUCAGGGAUCUCACAUGGCGUGACCUGGAUCUGAUAGUAGAGCGGGCUCCCGUCCCUCCAUACCAAAGGGGGCCUUUGGAUGUUGCACUUCCACUUGUCUAUGGCAUCUUGCUGGGCUUCGGAGGCACCUUUCUUGCAGGUGUCAUCUUCUUUCUCCUUACUGUCUGCAUUUUUCAUAGAAACCAACGGGACUAUCCAAGGUUGGACUGGAGGCUGUCAAACAGGAGGUUUUAGAUUUACAUUGUUUAAAGAA